AUCUGGAUCCAUUUCAUGGUCCAGGCCAGGCCACCCCCGGGCUUACGGAAUGGCCGAUUCGAGGGAAGAGACCUCGCGGCCAACUCAGUGAACGUACCACAAAGCCACAUCUAGAUAAUCCCGCGUAGGGCUUCCUGGGAGCUCGGUGGUCAAUUUCCGUUCCAUGGCUGCGAAAGUGCCAUCGAGGAGACUUCCCACUGAGGACGGUGGCGCCAGGCGGGACAGACGUCAUUGCAGUUGAGCUCUCUCCGCAGUCCCCCAUUCGCGGAAAAGCGUGGGGGGAAAGACAUCCUGAAACCCCAGAUGCGUAUAAUGGGUCCUGGCUAUAAAGACUCGCAGUUAUCAACCCCUGGUAUUGCAUUAGGGUCGAGACAGCACCGAAUUGUAGCUUCUGGCUCGUGUUGGAGUCUUGGAGAAGAGGGGUUGUUCCGACGGAAGGUUCAAGGCGAAGCGGGGAUGAUGCGGACGAACAGCUUCCCUUUCGGGUCUCCUGCGAAGUGUGAACACAUCACUCGGUCCGAUCAGAACAUGAAGGCACUGAAGGCAAGUCGUAGCGAGGGAAAUCUUGUUGGCCGAUCGCCUGUUUCGGGGUGGGUUGACACGCCUGGAGGAACGGGUGAUCUGAGGCCCGAUCAUUCCUACCGCUGCCUCAGGCCUCAGGGUUUCGCCUCCCCUGGUCGUCUCAUCGGGCAUCGGCAUCGGGGUCACCUUCCAGUGAGAUACGAUGAAUUGAGCCUCGUGCUCUGCUGUCCGUCAUCACUUGUCAGUCUUCCAGCAGGACGAGCUCCAUUGCUGCUGUUAGACUGCGCAGGACCCGCUAAGCUCAGCCCAUCCCACACCAAUGUCUCAGUGGCAACUCUGGCAUGCGAUUGCGAGGCAUGAUAAGGCUCUAAUAUCAUGAUCAUGAUAAGGAGUAGGUUCUUUUCGGAGCACUGAGCAGCGAGAGCUUCUAGGCGACGGUUAGAUAAAGGUUGAGAAGGUGAGAGAAGGCCGUGGCGAGGAUGGCCUGAUCGAGUACCUCCGAGGCAAUCACCUGACCACCCUCGAAUGUGGUGCAUAGGGCUGAUUAUCAAGCUAUGCUGCACUUGUAGCUUGAACAGGCAC